ACCCUCCAUGGGGGCGGUUCCCGAACACAUCAGGAAAUAAAUGCCGGCGCGUGUUUGUCUUUGUUUCUCUGAGCACUUCAGCAGUGAAGCAGUGAAGAGUUUACAGGUUGAGAUGAUCGGGUUCGUGUUCCUGCUCCGGCUGCUGGUUUCCAUCAGACCCGGAGCUGAAGCGUUAGACAACGGCCUGGCUCUGACUCCCACCAUGGGCUGGUUGCACUGGGAGAGGUUCAUGUGUAACAUCGACUGUGACAAGGAUCCGGAGAACUGCAUCAGUGAGCGUCUGUACAUGCAGAUGGCCGACAUGAUGGUGAAGGAGGGCUGGAGAGAAGCCGGCUAUGAGUACGUCUGCAUCGAUGACUGCUGGCCCUCCCAUCAGCGGGAUGCCCAGGGCCGCCUGCAGGCAGACCCCAAACGAUUCCCCGGGGGCAUCAAGAAACUGGCCGAAUAUAUCCAUUCGAAGGGUCUGAAGCUGGGUAUCUAUGCAGAUGUUGGGAAAAACACCUGUGCUGGAUACCCCGGCAGCCUGGGUCACUACGAGACCGACGCUCAGACGUUUGCCGACUGGAAUGUGGACCUGCUCAAGUUUGAUGGCUGCUUCAUGGACUGGACCUUGCUGGGGGAAGGUUACACUAACAUGUCAACAGCACUGAACCAAACCGGUAGAAGUAUCCUGUACUCCUGCGAGUGGCCUUUAUACGAGUGGCCUUUCAAAAAGCCGAACUACACAGCCAUCCGUGAGACAUGUAACCACUGGCGCAACUACAACGAUGUGGACGACUCGUGGAGCUCCAUCAAAUCCAUCUUGGACUGGACGGCUUCUCAUCAAGACACCAUUGUCCCCCCGGCUGGACCUGGGGGCUGGAAUGACCCUGAUAUGCUGGUCAUUGGGAACUUUGGCCUGAGUCACGACCAACAGGAGUCUCAGAUGGCAUUGUGGGCCAUCAUGGCGGCUCCUCUGCUCAUGUCCAACGACCUGAGGCACAUCUGUCCUCGCUCCAAGGGGCUGCUACAGAACAGACGCAUCAUAGAAAUCAGCCAGGACCCGCUGGGCCGGCAGGGAUUCUGCACCAUCAAGGUGGACAAUUUUGAGGUGUGGGAGAGGCCUCUGUCUCACAAGCGUCUGGCUGUCGCUGUUCUGAACAGACAGGAGACCGGUGGUCCCCGGGGGCUGGUCAUCAGAGCGGUUCCCGGCUGGAAGAUCUGUGACCCCCAGUGUAAUGUGACACAGAUUCUGCCCGAGUACAGGGAGCUGGGAGUUCAGUCUCCAAAGAGCAAAGUGGUUUUAUCAGUGAACCCGUCCGGUACCGCUCUUGUCACCCUCACUCCCAUCAGCAGCAGGUUUAACAUGUACGAGCUGCAAAAGCAGGAAACCAUUUUGUAAUCUUCAGGUGGCUGAUUAAUUUAAGUUGUAAAAUUGAUUGCGAUUGUGUAUUAGACCAAAACUUUUAAAAACAGGAAUUUUGGUAUCAUUUUAUUUGGCUUAACUGAGUUUUUGAAACUGGAAUGAACUACAGUAUACUGGCGGCUUUAUAGGUCAAGUAAAUCACUGGAAUGUGUUUGUACACUUUGUGAAUUACCUAGAAUAUGCUAAUAAGAGAUUUAAUGUCAACGGUCAUGUGUAGAAUAUAUCUGCACAAAUAUUUUGUUUGUGUUACAUCACCUGAGACUAAUAACUGUAUUAUCCUCGAGUGAGACUGGCUCUAGAAAGAGUCUUGAGUUAAUGUUACCUGAAGUGUAGGUUCUGGCACAUUUGGAAAAAAGUGUAUUUAGUUGUAAGAUGAAACUUUAACUUGAUGCUAAUGAAUCCUACUGUGUGAACCUUUUAAAAACUUGAAUUUUGUACAUUUGACAUGCACUGUGAAAAUAAAGGGGGAAAAACCA